UCAGUUACCGCCGAGAAAGAUCCACGUGUCCUGCCUAAAACGUGCACAUAAUUAAUUAAUUACACGAUUGCGCGUUUUUCAGCACCACCUCCAGCCGCCAUCAACGAAACAUGAACACUGACAAGGUUGUGGAGAUGUUAGAAAAGGUUAGGGAGGCGGUCACGUCACAGGGACCGUCGGGAAGCUGCCGCACAGUGGACGACGUCAAAAAGGCGGGGGUGGACCAACUGCGGGCUGAGCCGCUCCUUUGGGCAGCCUACUGCCGGGGGUGGGCCGACCGGACCGCCGACCUGGUCAGGACACUUGGCUCCUCGGCGGCGAGGUCGCCGGCUACACCAGCAACGACGAAGACACCACGCCCGUCGACACACCAGCGUGUCCCAACCGCCAAGGCAACGGGUUCGAGACGCGGGAGGGCGGCUACCGGCACAGUGACGGCCACCAUUACAACACCGGCUACCACCACCAAGGCACCUCCACCACGGCAACCCACCCGCCCCGCAGCGACAAAACGGGACAUAACUUGGGUGAGGCCGGCCCCGGGGCGUCCAUUAGUCCCGAGGAUGCCGCCAGCAGAACCACACCCACCAACGACAGAGUGGACGGGGAUGCCAAGCCGCGUGGCGUACGUGGACCGCCUACCAACGCCACCACCUGCACCUCCCUCCGACAAGCCAGGACCAUUGGAGCCCUGGCCCAAGGCCGUCAAGCCGACAACAUCGACGCGGUCGGCAGAACGGGCCAAGGAGCGGAGGAGGGAACAUCAGCGGCAAAGGAGAUUGCGGGCAAAAGCCGAGAGGGAAGGUCCAAGUCAGCAGUACCGGCUGACGAAGGCGACUACCUCGGCUGGGUCGGCCACCGACCCGGAAGACCGGGAGUUGGUGCAGGUGUCAGCACCGGUGCCAGGUGGUUCCGCCCAGGAACACCGGCCGGAGCGAGACACCAACCCGGGGGAGGCGAUGGAGGUCGAUGACCGAAUCCUCGAUGAACCCGGGUCACCACUCCCAACCUUCCCGGACAUCGAGGAAGGCCCGCCCGUGUUCUCCACACCGCUCACAUCCCCCAGGGCGGACUAGACACCACGGCUGGAUACGACCCGUCUACCAUAGACUGGACAUCGUCUCCACGCCUCGGCGUCGUCCCCACCACAACUGGGGGACACCACAACGGGGGUACAGUUAGUCGGCGACCCGACCCAAUAAGUCCGGACAUCGCCGACGGACGAACCACCAAAACAGUCACGGGGAAAUAGCGUACCGAACUGGGCAGUACCGCGACUGGCGGUUUGGCGGGGGAGUAUGACGCGGACCCGUGCGGCAGCCGUUAUCGAAACGGCAGUCGCCGACCGUGUCCUUAUCUUUCUCAUCAACCGCCACUCCGCGGCACGCAACGCCGCAGCGACCCCCGUCCAUCCAUCCAUCACCGGUCAGGGGACGCGAGCGGUCGCUACGACGUCCGACAGGUACCACCUUUUAACCGCGCUGUUUUUCCGAGAUCGUGUACGGAGACACAUCGCACGUCCUCGACUCACAUAAUUAUCUUUUUUUUUGAUUGUGAUAUUUUCUACGGUGGACGUUGUUGUGAUCAUUAU